GCCGUGGCUACCCGGAUAUCAGCGCCACCGGAGCGAAUGUGCCCAUCAUCUUUCAGAAACGGCUGACCAUGGUCGGCGGAACCUCUGCCAGCAGUCCGAUCGUUGCUGGUCUGGUGGCGUUGAUCAAUGGAGAGAGGUUGGAUGCUGCUUUGCCGCCCUUGGGAUUCUUGAAUCCGCUCUUGUAUUCCACUUAUCAGCGCUGGCCGGAGAUCGUCCAAGACGUGCGUGUGGGGAACAUCUCUGGAACGAAUCUGCUGCUGCCUCCGCCGCUCAAAGACUGCCAGCAGGGUUUCCCUGCGCGACCCGGCUGGGACGCGGCGAGCGGAUUGGGCUCCCCCAACUUCAAGGAGAUGCUUGCGCACUUGGUACACACCAGGAAUCUGGUGAAAACUGCCAGUGCUGAGCAGAAGUUGGUGGUGUGAAAAACGAAGAAA